AUGAAACUUCCGGGUGGAACUAUUAUUUGUGCCAGAAACGCUUCUUCUUACUAUGAUACGGUUAUCGUUGGUGGCGGAAUGGUUGGAAAUGCAAUGGCAUGUUCACUUGGGGCCAACAAAUCGUUCCAAUCGAAAAGUGUUCUCCUUCUUGACGCGGGCCGAUCUCCAUCUCUGGCAUCUUUUAAACCAGGAGCACCAUUCAACAAUCGAGUCGUUGCGACAAGUCCAACAUCAAUUGAUACGUUCAAAAAAUUGGGAGUUUGGGAUCAAAUAAAUUCGCAUCGAACAAAAAAAGUCAACCGACUUUUUGUUUUCGAUAGUUGUUCAACUUCGGAGAUUGAAUUCGAAAGAGGUCAGCAGGAAGAAGUUGCGUUCAUUAUUGAAAAUGAUUUAAUUGUUGGAUCCCUCUAUGAAAAACUUGCUGAAUACAAAAAUGUCGAUGUGAAGACUGGAGCAAAAGUUGAAGACUGCUCCAUUCCGAAUGCUCUUGAGAAUAUGGCGACAAUCAAGUUAGAAAAUGGUGAUGUGAUUGAAACGAGUCUUUUGAUUGGUGCUGAUGGUGUCAACUCAAAAGUGAGACAUGCUUCAAAUCUGGACUAUACUACAUUUAAUUAUAACCAGCAUGGACUUGUUGCUAUAGUUAAUAUCGAGACUGCAAACGGAAAGAAUGAAACAGCUUGGCAACGGUUUACAACACUCGGACCAGUUGCACUUCUGCCUCUUUCUGAUACUGUGUCCGGUUUGACGUGGUCAACAAGUCCCGAAGAAGCUCAACGAUUGAAACAACUUCCUUCUGAUCAAUUUGUUGAUGAACUGAAUUCCGCAUUGUUUUCACAAAACAAUCAAAUUCCUUUGGUGAAUCAGACCAUUUUCGCACUGAAUCGUAUGAAUCCUUUCCGAACGGAAACUUUUGGGAGGAAAGCUGAAGGAACAACUCCACCACAUGUGAUUACUGUUCAGGACAAAAGUCGAGCCUCAUUUCCUCUUGGUUUCGGAAAUGCUCAUAGUUAUAUCACCACACGAUGCGCUUUGAUUGGAGAUGCUGCUCACAGAAUGCAUCCACUUGCCGGGCAAGGAGUAAACCUUGGCUGGAGUGAUGUGCAAAUUCUAGAUAAAGUACUCGGUGACGCUGUGCGUGAAGGUGCAGACAUCGGAAGCAUAACAUAUCUGCGAGAAUAUGAUUCGGCGGCACAAAAACACAAUCUUCCUGUAAUGGUGUCUGUUGAUCUGCUCAAUCGUCUCUACCGUACCGAUGCUCCAGCUAUUGUUGCCGCAAGAGCUUUUGGCCUAAAUGCAUUCAAUUCUUUAGGACCUGUCAAAAACUUUCUGAUGAAUUAUUUGUCCGCACAUCGAUAAUCCUAGUUUGUUUAA